AUGCUAUCCAACACAACGCCCACGACUGGUCUUAUUUCGCUGUCCUCACGUUCGAGCUCGAAACGGUCUUGGAAUUCGCAUCGAUCCUCCCUCCGUUGCUAG